AUGGAGCUUGAAUCUAGAYUCCAUAAAUGGUCGUUGGUUAAUAAUUCGAAACCUGAUGUGUUCGUACAAGUGGGAAGCACAAGGUUUCAUCUUCACAAGGAUCCUCUGUCAAGAAAGAGUGGCUAUUUAAAACGCCACCUAACGAACGUUAACGAAUUAACUCUGUCACCGCCGUUAAACAUAACGGCUGAAACGUUCUCGUUAGUAACCGCUUUCUGUUACGGCGCUCGCAUUGAACUAACGCCGUUCAACGUCGUCUCCGUGAGAAUCGCCGCCGAGAUUCUUCUGAUGCCGGUCGACGACGGAAAAGAGAAUCUGAGGAACUUUACGGAGUCUUAUCUCCGACGAGUCGUCUUCGUCAACGUCGACGACAUCCAAAUCGUUCUCCGAUCAUGCCUCGCCUUGCUCCCGGAAUCGGAAACGACGGCGUUUCUGAUCGGAAGGUGCAUCGAAGCUUUGACGGGAUUCGGAGACGGGGACUGCGUCAACGAGUUUCUCGAAGAAGCCAUUAAACUUCCCGCCCGUGAUUUCUCCGUCGUCGCCGACGCGGCGCAGCAGCGGUUCCCGCGCCACGAUUUGCUCUACAGAGUCGUUGAUGUUUACGUGAAGGAGCAUAACGGAGAGAUAACGGAGGAAGAGAAGGUUCAGAUAUGUAAUUCGAUAGAUUGCGAUAAACUCUCGCCGCCGUUACUUCUUGACGCCGUCCAAAACCCGAAAAUGCCCCUGAGGUUUAUAGUGCGUGCGAUGCUACAAGAGCAGCUCAACACGCGCCACUCGAUUAUGGCUGCUGCCGAUGCCGUUGCUGCCUCCUCUGCCACAAUGGUUGGACACGGAGCUGUUGUCGCGGAGGGUGACUCCUCUGUGACGCUCGGGUCGCUUCUCCAACGAGACACGGCGGCGCGACAAAACUGUCGGCUAAGAGCUGCUAUGAAUUCGACAAGCUCAAGGAUCGAGAGCUUAGAGAAAGAGCUCGACGCGAUGAAGAAAUUCAUAUCGAAAGAAUCGGAGAAGCAGAAAUCGGACCGGGUCAUCGACUCGAGGUCAAGGAGUGUGAUGGAUUCUGCUCGAUCAGCGAGUUUCCAUUGCGUUCACCAGCCAAGUAAUGUAAACAAGACGCAAAGAGGAGAUAGAGGAUCAGUUUCCUCCCUGAGCACGACUUUUUGGCGAGGAGGAAAAGCAUCUCCUCCUCCUCCACAAUCCCAACAGCGACCCGAGAAAAGUCUCGGAAAAAGGCUGAUUAAGGGGAUAAAGAACGCUUUCUCUUCAUCAUCCAAACAAGGAGCUAAGAAAAAUGCGUUUACAACCGAGGAGAUUUACGAUGGAUUAGAAGACUUUGUUUGGAUCAAAGACGAUGACAACAUCUCUGAAGAACUUCACUCUCACUACAUCAAGAACAAAUGA